AUGGCGUUAAUGAAAUGUCGUUACUAUGAGAGCCCAUUUCCGGAUGUUGAAGAGACUGUUGUCGCAAAUGUGAAAAGAAUCGCUGAUAUGGGAGCAUAUGUGAGACUUUCGGAAUAUAAUGAGAAAGAGGGAAUGAUUUUGUUGUCCGAAUUGUCGCGUAGACGUAUUCGAUCGGUUAACAAAUUGAUUCGAGUUGGUAGAAGUGAAUGUGUUGUUGUUAUUCGGGUUGAUAAAGAUAAAGGUAAAACAUAUGAAUAUUUCCCCCCAGGAAUCUUUUUCAACUUGCAAUCGCGAUUUUUAAUGAAAUAUAUAUUUUCUAUCAUUAUUUCGCUGCCUAAAACUGCAAACCUCAACGUCUAACAUGAGUUUAACGUGGAAAAGUUGGAAAUUUCCGACAAAUUGGGUCUUUAGGACUCGCGCUCAGAAUGAUUUUCAUGAAAAUCUAAUAGCAUGGCAUUGUUCAGAAGACUCGAUCACAUAGCUUCCGAACUUUUUUGAAAGAUCUUUCAGAUUUCAAAAAGGAUUUUGAACAAUGUUAUGAUAUUAGAUUUUAAUGAAAAUUAUUUUGAAGGCGGGACCUAAAGACCCAAUUUGUCGAAAAUUUCCAACUUUUCCACCUUAAACUCAUGUUAGACAUUGAGGUUUGAAGUUUUAGGCAGUGGAAUAAUCAUCAGCGGGUCGAAAACUACUGGAAAACAUAUUUCGUUAAAAAUCGCGAUUCCAAGUUGAAAAAGUUCCCUUGUAAGUCUGUAUUUAGUUGAACUCAUUCCUAUUCAUAAAAUUUAAAAUAAACAGCGAUUUGGAAUAAAAUAGAAUCUAGAAAUGAUCAAAAUCAGAUAAAACACGUGAACUCGCUAAUUAAUUUUGAAUUUUCUCAUUUUUCACUUCAUUUGGACUUCUGAUUGUGAGAUCUGAAAAAUUGUUCAGCAUUUGAAAAUUCAGAAAACUACCUGAAAGUUCUUGAAAAUUCCGAAAUUCCCAACCCAAUCUCGAUUUUAUUUCCAGGUUACAUCGAUUUGUCAAAACGACGUGUCUACCAAAAAGACUUGAAACAAUGCGAAGAGCGUUUCGCCAACGCAAAAAUGGUGAAUAGUAUUCUUCGACAUGUCGCCGAACAACUUGGCUAUACAACUGAUGAACAAUUGGAGGAUUUGUAUCAGAGAACUGCUUGGCAUUUUGACAGAAAAGAGAAGAGGAAAGCCGCUUCGUAUGAUGCAUUCAAAAAGGCUAUUACGUAAGGGAAACUUGGUUGAAAAUUGAUGGAAUUUUGACAAGAUAUAUGUUUUCUAGAAGUUUUUGACCCACUGAUGACGAUUCCUUCUUCAAAAAUUACAGAACUCAACUCCUAAUAUGAGUUAUGACGUGGCAAAAUGUGCAUUUUUUGAAAUAUCGUGAUUUCACAAGCCUACAACUGAAUUUAAAAAUAAUUUUCAUUGGGAUCUGGUAGUUCAGGAGACUAGAUUAUAUGAGUUCAGUUUGAAGUUAGGUAGUUUUGUAAUUCACGAUUUUUUCGAAAUUUUCCGUGAAUUUACAAGAUAACCUAACUUCAAACUGAACUCAUAUAAUCUAGUCUCCUGAACUACCAUAUCCCCAUGAAAAUUAUUUUUAAAGUCAGUUAUAGGCUUGUGAAAUCAUGAUAUUUCGAAUUAUUCAUACUUUGCCACGUCAUAACUCAUAUUAAGAGUUUAGUUUUUCAGUUUUUGAAGAAGGAAUCGUAAUCAGCGAGUCAAAAUCUACUAGAACUAAAAAAUAUAUUUUUGUCUGCUCUGAAAAAUCUGAAAAUAUUUUUCAGUGACCCAACAGUAUUGGAUGAAUGUGACAUCACUGCUGAAGUUCGAGAAAAGUUAUUAGAAGAUAUCCGCAAGAAAUUGACUCCACAAGCUGUCAAAAUUCGUGCUGAUAUCGAAGUCUCGUGCUUUGCCUAUGAUGGAAUUGAUGCGGUCAAAAGUGCACUUAUCGCCGGACAAAAUUGUUCAACUGAUGUUUUCCCGAUCAAAAUCCAAUUGAUUGCUGCACCGCAUUUCGUUGUUAACACACAAACUUUGGAUCGAGAAGGUGGAUUGAUUGCAUUGAAUGAUGCAUUGAAUAAAAUCAAGGAGACAAUCGAGGGAUUCAAGGGAAAAUUCAAUAUUAAAGAAGAGGCGAGAAUUGUGACUGAUAUUGAUGAUGAAAAGAAGAAGAAAGGAGAUGAAGAUGAAGAAGAUGAUGAAAGUGAUUCGGAUGAAGAUGAGGAGGAAAGUGAUAGCGAUGGAGAUGAUGCUGUGAGUUUGGAGGGGAGAAAAUUAGCGAAAUUGAACAUUUUUUGAUAAUUUCGAGCUGACACUGGAAAAUAUGUGAUUUUUUAGCCAAAAUUUGCGAUUUUCUGUCAUUUUUAGGGCUAAAUGUCACAAAUUUUAACUAAAAAAAAACAUGAGAAUUUCAAAAAUUUUGCCUAAUUCUUGACAAUACAAAAUUUUCGUUUUUUUAGCCCAAGUUUGUGAAUUUUACCUAACAUUUAUGUUUUCAGAGCUAUAAUUUGUUUUUUUUUUUUGAGCUGUUUUUAUAAUUUGUUAGCCAAAACAGAUCGAAUUUAUGAUUUUUGACCAAAAAAUUCACAGUUUUCGGGAAUUUUUGACAAUUCAAAGUAAAAGAACAUUUUUGUCAAAUCCAAUUUUUUUCACUGUUUCAAAAUUUUCAUUAAUUUUUUAAAACCCAAGAAUUUUUAUUAUAAGCUCAACAUACUCAAAAAUGAAUGGAAAAAGAAAAUUUCAAAUUGCCACGUCAUAGGUCACUCUGAAAUUUGAAUUUUAUUGUUAGAAAAAUUUCCUAAUUUUUGAUUGAGGCUGUAAAUUCCUGAAAAAUGACUGUUAUCAUUAAUUAUUUGAUGUCAAAACUGUCAUUUUCCUGAAAAAUCGAAAAUAUUUUGAAAUGAGGAGAAACCACGAAAUUUUAUCACUAGAAUUUCAAAACACACAGAAAAUCCGGGAAAAUUUGAAAUGUCCCUGACAAAGUUUUACCUAAUACAACGUUAUCUUAUCGUACUCCAACCGGAAAAAAAUCAACAAAAAAAUAUGGAAUUUCAGGACGGUAUGGUUGCUCCAAAAGGACUCGAUCAACUUGUCGAUGCUGAAGAAGCAUCUCGUGAUGCUCGCAAAAAAGCAAAUGGUGGAAAGAAAGACGAAGAGGAUGAUGAAGAUGAUAGCGAUGAUGAAUAA